AUGGUUCAGUUUGCCGUGGAUGAGGAGUCUCCAGCGGAACUGUCCCUGCUCCCCACGCCCAGUCGCAGGCUGCUUAAUCUCGUUUUUGUUUUAAAAGGCGCUCUGGUAGCGAACCUUGCGCGCGUGCUGGGAGCCCAUUGGCCGGGCUGCCGCCCGCGGAGCCAAUCAGGGUUCGCUACGGGUCCCCGGGGCACCUGGGGGCCAAAGGACCUCAUUUCCUCGUUGGACCCAAAGGCGGUUGGUGCCACAGUGCGAGUUCCAGACUACCAGGCCCCAGCCCCAGCCGGCUUAAGGACCGAGAUAAUGGAUGAACCGUCCACCCCGCCCUUCGACCCCCGCUUUCCCAACCAGAACCAGACCCGCAACUGUUACCAGAACUUCGUGGACUUUCACCGCUGUACCAGGAACAUGAAGAGGAGGGGGAAGGACACGGCCCCCUGUGACUAUUACCGCAAGGUCUAUCACUCGCUAUGCCCGCUCAGCUGGGUGCAGCGCUGGAACGACCAGAUCCAGGAGGGCACCUUCCCCGGGAAGAUCUGAAGGCCCGGCCCGGCCCCGCGCUCGGAAUAAAGCGAUGUCGUACACCCA